AUGAAGGAAGACAACAAUUCUACAUCUACAAGUGGUAGUCAGGCAGUCAAGACCCAGACCGUUUUCAGUACAGAGGUAUCAGGAAGCUACAAAGACUUAGAACCGGUAGAAACGCAGCCAAGUAACAGUCUCAGUAGUCAGACAGCUACGGUAGAAAUAGCGGUCACUCCAGACGACUCCUACUCAACCGUUUCAUCGGGUCCUUAUGCAGAAGCACAGCCAGUUCAGUCAUGUAACGUGCCUUCUAGUCUGACAGUUAGAACAGAAACAGUGGUUAGUCCUGAAGACUGUUACUCAACUACAUCAGGACCAUAUAACAACCCAGAACCAGUCGUGAUACAACCAGGUAACGACUCUACUAGUCAGACAGUUAGAACAGAAAUGGAGGCUAGUCCUGGUGAUAGUUACUCGACCAUAUCAGGACCCUAUCACGACCCAGAGCCAGUCGUUAUACAACCAGGUAACGACUCUACUAGUCAGACAGUUAGAACAGAAGUGGGGACUAGUCAGGAGGACGGUUACUCAACCAUAUCAGGCAUCUAUACGGACCCACAUGACGUCCAACUCGGAAGACCUGCUUCAGCCGGGCGGGACCGACUUCGAAGUCCAGGUGUAGAAUCGUCUGAUCGGAAGGCCUCGCCAUCAGAAGGCGUAAAGGAAAGAUCUAUCCGGUGUGGCCGGCCUAAACUGGCCUGUGCUUUGAUGAUGACUUCGGUAGUUGCAGUAACAUUGACGGUAACAUUGGUGGGAGUCUUCCUCGGUGGACCCAUGGAAGACAAUCAUUCGGACGAUCUACAUCCUGCUACAUCUUCGGAUACUGAGAUUCCGGAGUCUACCCAUGGCAGUGCCACAACCACUUCCAUCACUCUGGAUCCUACAACAACUAUACAGCCCAACUCAAGCACCACUGAUGAAACACCAGGAAGAAUUCCCACACAUCGUAACAUCACUUUUACUGUGGGUGAACCAAAACGGGGAACAUUAUCGCUGAGUGCAAUCGCCGUGUCGUCUGCAAACGAAAUCUUCGUGGCCGAUCGGUAUAACCAUCGCAUACACAUCCACAACAUGGAGGGCGCGUAUCUUGGCAAUUUUACAACUCUCGUGCCAGGCUAUGUAGCUAGGGUGGUGAUACCAGGAGACAUGUCCAUUGACGUAAAAGACAAUCUGUGGGUAGUAGGGCGUAUGUCUUUGCUAUGCCCUGGCGUUGUACAGUAUAGCAAGGAAGGGCAGGGAUUGUCCGUGUUCAAGCAGUGCAGUGGACGGUACGGAGGAAUCGCAAUAGAUCUUCCCACCAACCACAUCGUUUUGAAGGUAGUAAACGAGCUUGAAGUCCACAUAUAUCGUCCCGACGGCUCGCUGGUGAGAAAGAUUGGUGAAAGACAGUUUGCAUAUUCAAACGCGGUUGCUGUGAACAGCAUAGAUGGAAGCAUCCUUAUGCUGAAAGAAAACUCGGUUCACUUAAUAUCAUGUAGCUACUACGGACAGGAUCGCUACAGUUUCGGCAGCCGGGGAAGCGGCGAGGGAGAACUCAUGGUUCCCACCGGCAUCUGUACGGACAGUUCUGGUCAAGUUAUCGUGGCGGAGCGAAGAAACAGGCGGGUUUCCGUGUUCACAAGACACGGACAUUUCGUCCGCCAUGUGGACACUGGACGGAAGAUGGUCGAGCUUGUAGCCGUGGGACCAAAAGGACAGUUGGUCGUCACUUAUCUCUCUGAUGACACUGUAACUAUCUUCUCAACUUAUUGAAGAGUUGAAGAGGAGAAAGAAGAAGACAUAUAGAUUUUAGUUCCUAUAAGUUUUCGUUUGGUUCUUAUCUUCCUCGCAUCAUGAGUUGACAAUGUGUAUGUACCAGUUAUGCUACACGCCACCUUUGUUAAAAUAUACUUUCAAUGUUACUACCAUUUAUGUAUUACCAACGCAUUUGUAGUCAAACUUCGUAAUUUCGGACAGUGACGUAAAGCCAGUUGUCCCAUGUAUGGGGAAGCUUUAGAGGCCAAGCCUCUGCAUGAAAAAGA